UUUUAUAAUUUAAAAAAUGUAUAUGUGUUUAUAUCUGUCUGGUGUAGUACCGUUUAUAAUCCCAGAUUCAAAUCAUAGAUAAGUUUGCCAUUAAGUAAUCUUAAGACUGAGGCCUCAUAUAUGAUGCUUCUUUUGGCCAUCACUAUUCCUUGGGCUUAAAUAAGCUAUUCCACAGGAACAAAAGUAAGACAUAAGUGAACACUUGAUUGUAUACAUUUCUCUUUUGGUACUAUGUAAACUCUUUGAGGGUAAGAGAUGUUUGAUAUUUUCUUGGUAUCCCUAGUUUUUAACAUAGAUCCUGACAUAUAGUAGGCACUUAAUAAAUGCUUCUUGAUGAGUCAACCACUAUUGGAAGAACACAAUUCAGAGGAAAUGUCCCACUAUUGUUACUGUAGGCAGUUCCCAGUUUAGGAAUGAGUUGUGUUCCACAGGAUCAUUUUUAGCCAGUUAUUUGGAAUUUGUGAAGUAAAGCUUUUUCCAUAGAAACAGUUCUUAUAAAUGGUACUUUUACCAUUUUACCAUCAAAUAAAAUGGAAACUUAGGUUUCCAGAGUAGCCCCCAAAGUCUCUUUAAUAUAUAACAUGAUUGAACUAUAUAUAAUAUGUAAGAUUUCUUACAUUUUUUUUGAAUCUCUGAAAUUUAUGCAAAUAGGCAAUGAGAUUAUAAUAAAAGGUGUGGAACAUUCUAGGUUGGAGCUUCACUGGUGCUUACAGGAUGAGGGAGAAUUUUGGGUAAAGAAUGAAAUCCAUAGAAAUGAGAUAUUACUCCUGGUGGCAGAAAUGAAAGCUGUCAUCCAGAAGGCAAGUCAGGCUGUGAUGGCUAUAACUAUUUCUGUUUGUAAAAAGUUAUUUGAAAUCUAAUGUUUGCAAAUUGGGAACUACUUAUAAAGGUCUUUCCAUGUAGAAAAAACAUCGCAGGUUUUAAAAAUGAAUUUUCUUCUGUUUACUUAGAAGUCCUUUUUGUGGAUUGGUUAAGACUAAUUCAGUCAUUUCUAAAUUUCUCAUUUAAGGUUUUACAAGUUCAAUUUUACCUAAAUGUAAAAUGCAGUUGGUUCUUUACCUAAUUAAAUUUAAACCAGAUUAGAAUGCUUUAUAAUGAUUUGUCUAUAUGUGUAAAGGUCUAGAACGAGACUGUGAUAGAUGGGGAACGUAAGAGCUUUGAGUAAGAGAAUAUGUUGUAACCAAAAAUUAGGCUAGAUGAGGGUUGGACCAGAUAGUAAUCUUUAAAAUCCACCUAUGGAUUUUAGUGUUUAGUAGACUAUAUGCAGGAGAUAUUUGUAGCCCAUCAGGUACAUAGUUUUAGCUAUAGUUUCAAUUAUAACUUAAUUUUGUAGAUAAAUUUGCUUUUUUUAGGCAGUCUUUGAAAUCUGGCAUCUGCUCAUUUCUUAGGUGAUAGUGGCAUAGAUAAGACAUUCUUUUAAGGAUUUCCUAAAUUAAUCCACGUAGAAUACAAAGGCUCUUUAAUGGUAACUAAAUAGCCUCUGCAAAAGUGUCUCUUUAGUAUAUAUAUAGUAUGUUGCUACUGUCCCAUCACCAGACCUUGAAAAAUUAGGUUUUCAUCUUGUUAUAGUUUAGGCUACUGACCUUUUGGCAGCUGUUGUUAAUUGGUGCCUACCCUUGACUGAGGGAGAGGAAGUGAAAAGUGUCAGUAGACGGAUCAGAAUUCCUGUUCUUUCUGGAGCAGAGGAUCAGUUUUUUUCUCCCCCUUCUAGCUUUAUUUUUUGCUUAAAGCAGCAUGAAGCAUGAAAUUCAAACAGGAUAGCUUUGCAAAAAGAAAAGAUCCUCAGUUUUCUCUCCUUUCCAUUCCCAUUCAAGGAUUUUUUUUCUCCUUUUUAUGAUAGUGUAGAAUAGUUUAUAGAAUAAGAUGUGGGUCAUCCUCAAAUGUAUGCUUUUUAGUGAUUUCAGAGGGGUGAGAAAGCAAGUGCCCCAUAUUUUCUGUUAACGGCUCAUACAUGUCUAUUAUUCUUUCUAUUUUUUUUUUCUUCCCUUCCUUCUGUCUGGCCGGCCACUUUCUGCAAACAAGUCAGGGAUUAGAGGGCUAACCUUAAAAUUAGGAAAACUUGGGUUUAAGUACUGUUUCUGACACAUACUAACUGUGGGAUCAUUGACCUCAUUACCAUCAGGCAACUGUCUUAAGACUCUUACGUUACAGAGUUGCCUAACUUCAUUGAUGGAGGGAGUUUGAACUACCAAAUUGGCUACACAAGUGAAAUCCCAGGUUCUAAACAGACACAUCUUAAAAUAAAUUUUCAUCACAUGUCCCUCAAAGAGAAAUUUUUCAUUUGUUAAAACAAUUGUUUUCUGAGUUGUGACUUGAGAGCGAAUUUCUAGAUUUGGGCUCUACUUUUAUAUGUUUUUUUACCUUUGAAAGGAAUGAGCCCCAAAAACUUUCUAACCAGUAAGCAUUGAAUUAUUGCUAGGCUUUUUUGCUCCAGAUCACCAAGAUAAUAGUGUGCUUGUGAUAAUACUGUUUGGUUUCGUUACUGAGAUUAUGGUAGAGAGAGAAAACCUCAGAAGUGGGAGGAUUUGUGUGAGGCUGUGUUAGAAUGGGGUGGUAUGUCAUGGAGGGCAUAGCCUGAAACUAAUAUUCACACAAUGCUAUUUAAGGAAAGACUGAGGUAGAAGUCUCACCAGGACACAAGGUUAGCCACAUUGUGUUGUAUUGAAAUGCACGUUGAAUUUAGAGUAAAAAAGACCUGGGUUCAAAUGUAAUUACUGAUGGGGGGACGUUGUGUGAGGGAGGGGGUGGAAUUGAGAAAUACCCUAUCCCUGAAUAUACCAUGUGACUUUUGGGCAAGCCAUUUCCCAUCUCUGACCCUGGUCUUCCUCUGUCAUCUAAGGGGGUUGGACUAGAUAAUCUCUAAAGUCUCUUUCAGCUCUAAAUCCUGUGAUGCUGUGAAUGUAGCCAGUGUGUACAUCCCUGUAGAUUUCAGAGGACUGCAUGAAAACUGCUCAGUGUUUUUUCUGCCACCAACAUGCAGAAUGAAAUUAGUAAAUGUCAGCCAUCUUGCCCUGCAUUUAAAAACAGGAGAAGGAAGAACAAAGUACCCUCCUAAAGCAUCUGAGUGGGAUACCAGCAUGUGUGCACUUUAUAAUUAAAUCUGGAGUAGUAAAAAUAGACUUGAAUAUCUUCUGAAAUAGAGCAGAAUGAGACUGUCAGCAUCAUGUAAGCACAGCUCUCGUAAUAUGGAGAAUUUUCUACCAGAAGUUCUUCUCUACAGACCAGAGGAUACUGAUGGAUGUGUGUGAGAGCCCUGAUCGAGAUCCUGGAUCUCCAGAGGAAGAACAGCAAGAGCUCUCAGAUGAUGACAUUCUAAAAGAAAGUGGGUCUGAUCGCGAGUUGGAUGGAGAGGGUGGGAGGGGCACUGAUUUGGAGGAAGAGGAAGAAGAUGCAGCAAGGGCAUUGAGUCAGGGUGAAGAGGAAAAUCAUUCAGAUGAGGAGGACCGAUUAAGUGAAACCAAAUCUCAGGACUCUGAUAAUAAUGAUCAGAGCAGAGAUCUUAAGAACUCUCCAUGUCGGGAGGAGGAGGAGGAGGAAGAGGAGGAGGAGGAAGACAGGACAAAUGAUCUUAGAGAUGAAGCCUCUUCAGUCACUAGAGAACUGGAUGAACAUGAAUUAGAUUAUGAUGAGGAGGUUCCUGAGGAACCCACAACUACUGCUCAAGAGGAUGAGGCUGAGAAGGCUGGUGGAGAAGAUGAGGACGAGAAAGGAGAAGGUACUCCAGAGGAAGAAGAAAAAUCCAGUGGUAAAAAUGGGGAGGAAAAAGAACACCCAGAAUCUCUUAAGGAGAAAAAAAAAGAGGAAGAUGAUGGAGAAAUAGAUGAUGGAGAAAUUGAUGAUGAUGAUCUGGAAGAAGGAGAAGUAAAGGAUCCUAGUGAUAGGAAGGUGAGGCCUCGUCCCACCUGCCGAUUCUUUAUGAAAGGUCAUUGUACAUGGGGGAUGAAUUGUAGGUUUAUCCAUCCUGGAGUGAAUGACAAAGGAAAUUAUUCUUUGAUCACAAAACCAGACCCUUUUCCACCCAAUGGUGCACCGCCUGUUGGACCUCAUCCAUUGAUGCCAGCCAAUCCUUGGGGUGGACCAGUUGUUGAUGAAAUUCUGCCUCCACCACCUCCAGAACCCCCAACAGAGAGUGCCUGGGAGAGAGGACUCCGGCAUGCAAAGGAGGUUUUAAAAAAGGCAACCAUUCGAAAAGAACAGGAACCUGAUUUUGAAGAAAAAAGAUUUACAGUGACCAUUGGAGAAGAUGAGCGAGAAUUUGACAAAGAAAAUGAAUUUUUCAGAGAAUGGAAUUAUCGGAUUACUAGAGAUGUCAGAGAUACAGCACUUGAACCAUAUUCAGAUCCUUAUUAUGAUUAUGAAAUAGAACGAUUUUGGCGUGGUGGACAAUAUGAGAACUUCAGAGUGCAAUACACAGAAACUGAACCAUAUCAUAAUUAUCGAGAGAGGGAAAGGGAACGAGAGAGAGAAAAUAGACAGAGAGAACGGGAACGGGAACGUGAGAGAGACCGAGAAAGGGAACGGCGGCAAAGGGAAAGAGAGCGAGAGAGAGAGAGAGAACGGGACAAAGAACGCCAACGAAGGAAAGAGGAGUGGGAACGAGAACGAGCCAAGAGAGAUGAAAAAGACAGGCAGCACAGAGACCGGGACAGAGAAAAAGAGCGAGAAAAAGAAAAGGAAAAACCAAAACCUAGAUCCCCUCAACCACCAAGCCGUCAACCUGAGCCACCAAAGAAGGAAACCACAUCAACUGGCCCACAGGUGAAAAGAGCAGAUGAAUGGAAGGAUCCUUGGCGACGAUCUAAGUCCCCUAAAAAGAAACUUGGUGUAUCAGUUUCUCCAAGCCGUGCACGGAGGCGUCGAAAAACAUCUGCCUCAUCAGCAUCUGCAUCCAAUUCCUCCAGGUCAUCUUCUCGUUCAUCGUCAUACUCUGGUUCUGGCUCCUCACGAUCCCGGUCCAGGUCCUCAUCCUACAGCUCCUAUUCUAGUCGGUCUUCUAGACACAGCUCAUUCUCAGGCAGCAGAUCCAGGUCUCGGUCUUUUUCAUCUUCCCCUUCUCCAUCGCCAACACCAUCCCCACACAAACCUUCUAUAAAAACUAAAGGAGAGCCUGCUCCACCUGCUGGAAAAGGAGAGAAGUCUCUGAAAAAGCCAGUUCCCCCUCCCGUGCCCCCACAGUCCACUAAAACCAUUACACCUGCAGCAGAGCCAACCAAACCAGGAGAUAACAGAGAAGCCAGAAGGAAGGACCGCCCAACCAGAACCCCACCCAGGAGGCGGACCAUCAGCGGCAGCAUCAGCGGCAGUGCCAGUAGCUAUAGCGGAUCUAGUUCCCGAUCCAGGUCAUUGUCAAGAUCUCUCUCUAGGUCCCAUUCCCGAUCAACUUCUGCCUCUAUUUCUCCCUCCCCAUCAGGGUCCAGGAAGUCCCGGUCCCUGAGUGUGAGCAGCGUCUCCUCCAUCUCCAGUGCCACGUCAAGUAGCAGUUCUGUUCGCAGUGCCGAUUCAGAGGACAUGUAUGCUGAUCUGGCCAGUCCUGUUUCCUCGGCCAGUUCCCGGUCUCCCACGCCUGCCCAGCCGAAGAAGGAGAAAGGAAAGUCGAAAAAAGAAGACAGUGUUAAAGAAGAGAAGCGGAAAAGGGAGGCACCCACACAGCCCCCCAAAUCCACAAAACCUGCAGCCAGUAGUAAAUCAUCCCAGCAGCCACCACCUCCCCAACAAGUGCUCCCGCCACAACCUCAACAAGGAGGGUUCAGCGCUCACAAAGAGAUCAAACUGACAUUAUUAAAUAAGGCAGCUGAUAAAGGAAGCAGGAAAAGAUAUGAACCAUCAGACAAGGACAGACAAACUUCUCCUCCAGCAAAACGAGCUAACCUAUCUCCUGAAAGAGGUUCUCGUGAUAGGAAGCCAGGUGGGAGAAUCUCUUCUCCUAAACAAGAACGCCAGAGAGGACAGAACCCCAAACCACCUCUGACUCAACCAGAUAGGAAACGCCAGCUGUCCCCACAGUCCAAGAGUUCGAGCAAAGUCACCAGUGUUCCCGGCAAAGCUUCGGAUGGGGGCCCGGCCACGACUGGUGCCAAGUCCGGCAAGUCAAGCACGCUGUCGAGACGAGAGGAGCUCUUGAAGCAGCUGAAGGCCGUGGAGGAUGCCAUCGCUCGAAAGCGGGCCAAAAUCCCUGGGAAAGUAUAGCUCCCGGCCGGGCCCGCAGAGACUCUUACGUGUUUUUAUAAAUAGUGUAAGCGCAGCCAUUUUGGAUUGUGCAGUUAAUGUCUUAUUUUGGCUGCGGUUCUUUUUUAAAAUUAAAAAAAAGAAAAAAAAAGUUUCUCAGCUGGAGAAGAAGCCGCCCACAUAAUGAAGAUGACUCUGAUUCCCAGCCGCUGAGACCAAGGAUCAGCCCCUUCUCCCCAGAGCAGGACCCCCAGAGGCAGAGCCGGCCGGCACCGAGGCGGAGGCACACGCGGCAGCAUUCUCAAUGUAAAUUAUAAAUCCUGGACUCCUCCUUGCAGCCCCAUCGGAUACCCCUCCCCACCACACACUCUUUUCUUUUUUCCUCCCCACUUCCUCCACCGACCCCCUGCUAGCCACGAGUUGUAUUCUAGUUAGCCUUGCUGUGUGUUGUGUCUUCAGCAAUGCUGUUCUCUUUCCUGUGUAACCAGAAAACCGAGUACUUCUGUGAACUACUGGCAACAUCUUCCCCUCUCUUGCCCCAUCCCCAGGAUCAAAAAUAUAUAUAUAGAAAUAGAUAUAUAUAUAUUCUUGACUAAAGUCUGAUUGGGAAAUAUUUCCUGUCUUUUAUUUUAAGCAUCAGAUUGUUUUAGUUGAUUAAAAAAGAAAAAAAAGCAAGGGUAUUGUUGGGGCGUCUGUCUAAUGAGGAGGGUCUUUUUUUUUGAGGGGGUCUCCUAAAAUAAAAUAUUUUGAUAAACAGUU